AUGAAGUUUUCCACGACGCUUUUCUUCUUCGCAGCUUCGCUGGUCUCGGCAGUACCAACCCCUACACUCGAAGAGAGUCCUGCAAAGUUACUGGCCAAGAGAGCGAGUGUGACCGAUGUUGCAAAUGUUGGCUAUGCCACACAAAAUGGAGGCACCAAAGGUGGUGCCGGCGGACCAACUACUACCGUGAGCACACUGCCCCAGCUGUCUGCUGCAGCCAGUGCUUCAGGAGCUCGCGUCAUCGUUGUGCAAGGUGCCAUCAGUGGUGCUGCGAAGGUGUCUGUUACGAGUGACAAAACCAUUGUAGGCAAGGCUGGCAGCUCACUGACAGGCAUCGGCCUCACCAUUCUUGGUCAGAAGAACGUGAUCGUGAGGAAUUUGAAGAUAUCUAAAGUCCUCGCAACUUACGGUGACGCCAUCACCAUCAACCUAUCCACCAACGUCUGGGUUGACCACUGUGAUCUAUCCGGUGACGAGAACGUCGGCAAAGACACGUACGAUGGGCUGGUCGAUCUCUCGCACGCAGCAGACUUCGUGACAGUAUCGCACACGUAUUUCCACAACCACUCCAAAGGCACGCUUGUAGGCCACUCCGACUCCAACGCCGCCGAAGACACAGGCCACCUACGCGUGACAUACGCAAAUAACCACUUCUACAAAGUUGCGUCCCGCGGACCGCUCCUGCGCUUUGGCACAGCGCACAUCUUCAACAACUACUACAACGAGCAGGACACGGGCGUGAACACACGUAUGGGCGCGCAAGCUUUGAUCCAGAGCACCGUGUUUGAGAACAGCGGCAAGAAGAUGGUGUACACGGAGAGCAGUGAUAAGGAUGGGUCGGCGGUCGUUAUUGAUACCGUGUUUGGUGGCCAGAGCGCGAAUACGGCGCCCAAGGGGACGUUGAGCGCAGGUAGCUUUACGUACCCGUACACGCUACUGGGCAGCGCCAAUGUCAAGGCGGCGGUGACGAAGGAGGCGGGGCAGACCCUGGCUUUCUGA